AUGAAUGCACUCGAGAAUAUCACCAACAACAUCACCGAAGCUGCGAUCUACCGCCAAAACGUGUCAACGUCAUCGCCGGCAACGGCGACAACCAAUCAAACGUCGAGUCCGACUGAUUAUAUGAAAGGGAAUGAACCACAUACUCUUUUGUCGCUCUCGGUUGGAUUUGCAAUUGGAACUCUACUACGUCAUGCUUUCAAGCGUACACCUCUUCCUUACACAGUUGUCUUGCUUGUCAUUGGUAUGAUUUUGGGAGGAUUGGCUCGCGUUUUCAAGCCGCUUUUGGAUUACACAGCCAUUGCUCACAUGGAUCCUCAUCUGAUUCUGUUUAUAUUUCUACUGACGCUCGUGUUUGAGUCUGCAUUUGCAAUGGACGUUCAUACGUUUAAGAAGACACUUUUUCAGACAGUCAUACUGGCAGGUCCUGGACUUGCUUUGUACACUGCGUUGACUGCAAUGAUUGGGAGGUUUAUAUUCACAUACGAUUGGGGCUGGAUGCCAUCACUUAUGUUUGGAUGCAUUUUGAGUGCAACUGAUCCAGUGGCAGUUGUGUCCAUUCUCAGAGACGUUGUUGAGAUUACUAUCACACUGGCAUCAACGUAUAUGACGUUUUACAUCGGCGAACAGUUUCUUAAAGUGUCUGGCGUGCUGGCUGUGUUGGCUCUUGGUAUUGAGAUAAACAGUCGUAAGGAGAGCAUCAGUCCAGAGGUGGAAGUGUUUCUGCAUCAUUUCUGGGAGAUGAUGGGAUACCUGGCUAACACAGUGAUAUUUAUUCUUGUGGGUGAGGUCAUCACUGAGGAUGCAUUUGAUGAUGUGCCGGGAAAGAUGUUAUAUAUCUGA